GGCAGUCUCACGCGCGCCCAGGGCUUGGGGGGUCUCCGUCCGCCUGGGCGCGGCCUCAAGGCCCCCCGCGUCCCCUCCGUGACCCCCGAGGCCCAGGCCGCUCUUUGCAUCUCGACUCGCACACAGCUGGCCGAGUCCUAGGGCCCGAAAGCGACCUAAGAGCAGCCCUACCACCCGGGCCGCCCCCUGCCGCGGGUCUGGGGCACCUCCCGAGCCCGUGGAGCUGGAGGGGUGGGGGGGGGUUACGGAGGCAGGAGCCGCACGUAAACUCCACCCCCGUCUCCUGACUGCCUCGCCUCCCUGGCUGCAAACUUUAGCGUCCCUUAAGCUGCGGAGGUGCCUGAGGCCCCAAUGAAGUUGUGGCUGAAAAGAAAGGGGCUGGGUAAAGAGCACCCGAGCACUUGGAACACAGUCCCUGCUGCGCUGGAUGCCAUGAGUUGCUAAAAGUGAGCCUGGCUUUUCAGCUGCCUUGGGGUGCGGCCUGGGGGGCACAGAGCCAUGUCGGACCUGCUCCUACUGGGCCUCAUCGGGGGCCUGAGUCUGCUGCUGCUGCUGACGCUGCUGGCCUUUGCUGGGUACUCAGGGCUGCUGGCUGAGGUGACAGUGCGUGCCGGCUCACCCCCCAUCCGCAACGUCACGGUGGCCUACAAGUUCCACAUGGGGCCCUACAACGAGACCGGGCGGCUUUUCACCGAGAGCUGCAGUGUCUGCCCCCGGCUUCGCUCCGUUGCCAUCUACUACGACAACCCACGUAUGGUGCCCCCCGAGAAGUGCCGCUGUGCGGUGGGCAGCAUUCUGAGUGAAGGCGUGGAGUCACCCUCCCCUGAGCUCAUACAGCUCUACCAGAAAUUUGGCUUCAAGGUAUUCUCCUUCCCGGCCCCCAGCCACGUGGUGACAGCCACCUUCCCCCACACCAGCGCCCUGUCCAUCUGGCUGGCUGCCCGCCGUGUCCAUCCUGCCCUGAAUGCCUACAUCAAGGAGCGGAAGCUGUGUGCCCACCCACGGCUGGAGAUCUACCAGCAAGACCAGAUCUAUUUCAUGUGCCCGCUGGCACGGCAGGGAGACUUCUAUGUGCCUGAGGUGAAGGAGACAGAGCGAAAAAGCCGGGGGCCUGCGGAGGCCAGUGAUACCCAGCUGGAUGGCACAGGAACUGACACAAUGAGUGAAACGAGUUCUGUGAGCCUGGAGGUGGGACCCGGCAGUCGGGAAACUUCAGCUGCCACGCUGUCCCCUGGGGUGAGCAGCAGCCGUGGCUGGGACGACGGUGACACCCGCAGUGAGCAUAGCUACAGCGAGUCGGGCGCCAGCGGCUCAUCCUUUGAGGAGCUAGACCUGGAGGGCGAAGGACCCCUGGGGGAGUCGAGGCUGAGUCCUGAGGCUGAGCCCGUGGGGGCUCCCAAAUGGCCCCGGGAGCUCAGCACCCCUGAGAAGGGUGAGGAAUAAUGUGCGGGGGGGCCCCCCUUCUGUGGUGCAGUCACUGAGGAACUGAGUAGACUCUUCAGCCCUCGUCCUCCUCCACCUUCGGGCCGGGUGGGGCCGGAGGCCUCAGGGGACCGACUCCUGCCUCCGGGCCUCUAGCUAAGCCUUCUCUGCACUGCCGUCCUGGCUCCCAGGACCCAAGGAGCCACGGGCCAUUUUCUGCACCCAGCCCCGGGGCUGCUGCCUCUGUUACAUCUUUUCUCAGAUUCACAUAGGAGCUUCCAAGACUCAAUAAAGCAAAUGAUUUUCUCGUUUCACCUGGA